CGAGGUUCUAGGUCGAAAAUCGCAGACAUUCAAGUAGUAAAUCUCUCUUCCUUCUUCGUCGGACAUUCGUCGGAAAAGUCACCGGACCGGCGUAUCCUUUCAAGGCAGAAUGGAAACCUUUCUAUUCACUUCGGAAUCUGUCAACGAGGGUCACCCCGAUAAGCUCUGCGAUCAAAUUUCCGAUGCUGUUCUUGAUGCCUGUCUAGAACAAGAUCCCGAAAGCAAAGUCGCCUGCGAAACCUGCACCAAGACCAACAUGGUCAUGGUGUUUGGAGAGAUCACGACCAAAGCCAUUGUGGACUACGAAAAGAUAGUCCGUGACACCUGCCGUAACAUCGGGUUUGUUUCUGACGAUGUCGGUCUCGACGCAGACAACUGCAAGGUUUUGGUCAACAUUGAGCAACAAAGCCCUGAUAUCGCUCAAGGUGUCCAUGGACAUCUCACCAAACGCCCCGAGGAAAUCGGUGCAGGAGAUCAAGGUCACAUGUUCGGCUAUGCUACCGACGAAACCCCUGAACUCAUGCCCCUGAGUCACGUCCUCGCGACCAAGCUCGGAGCUGUCCUGACUGAGGUCCGCAAGAACGGUACCUGUCCCUGGUUGAGGCCCGACGGGAAGACUCAAGUAACCGUCGAGUACUUCAACGACAACGGAGCCAUGGUCCCAAUCAGGGUCCACACAGUUCUCAUCUCAACUCAGCACGAUGAAACCGUGACCAACGACGAGAUCGCCCGCGAUCUCAAGGAGCACGUGAUCAAACCAGUCAUCCCUGAGAAAUACCUAGAUGAGAAGACCAUUUUCCAUUUAAACCCUUCCGGUAGAUUCGUUAUCGGCGGUCCCCACGGUGACGCUGGUCUCACCGGUAGGAAGAUCAUCAUCGACACCUACGGAGGUUGGGGAGCACACGGUGGAGGUGCAUUCUCCGGCAAGGACCCGACGAAAGUGGACAGGAGUGGAGCCUACAUCGUGAGGCAGGCCGCCAAGAGCAUCGUGGCCGGUGGGCUCGCUAGGAGGUGCAUCGUUCAGGUUUCUUACGCCAUUGGUGUCCCUGAGCCACUGUCUGUUUUUGUCGACAGUUAUGGAACUGGAAAGAUUCCGGAUAAGGAAAUUCUGAAGAUCGUGAAGGAGAACUUCGACUUUAGGCCUGGAAUGAUCGCUAUCGAUUUGGAUCUUAAGAGAGGUGGAAACGGAAGGUUCUUGAAGACUGCUGCCUAUGGACACUUCGGAAGAGACGGACCUGACUUCACUUGGGAAGUUGUGAAGCCCCUCAAGCAUGAGUAAAAUUGAGUGAGUAGUAGACACAGAAAAAACACAAAACACAAAACAAAAAAAGUCUUACGUUAUUCUCCAGUUUGUCUGUUUUGUUCAUCAUCUUUAUCCAUCCCCAUCCCCAUCCCCCCUUUAUGAAUUUGUGUACUGUAUUAAUAUUAUUAUCUACAUCUUUUUGUGUGGUGA